UUUGACAAUAACUCCUUCUCGGGAACAAUUCCCGAAAAUAUUUCCAUGUGUAAAAAUCUAGUUUAUCUUAACUUGAUCGACAACAAACUCUCGGGAAACGUACCGCCACAACUUGGCUUUUUGUACAAUCUUCAAUCUCUCUAUUUGUCGGCAAACACAUUUUCGGGGCGUAUCCCUCGAUCCAUUGGAAACUUAACAUCUCUCAAACAUCUUUCUUUGGCUGCUUGCGGCUUGAACGGAGAAAUACCCGAAUCGCUUGCUCGUCUUUCUAAUCUAACGUUUCUUCAGUUAGGUGGAAAUAACCUCACUGGCACUAUACCACCCGGUCUCUUCAAUAUAUCUACUAUUUAUCAUUUUGGAGUCGAUAGUAAUAAUCUUCACGGAUCGAUACCAUCAACUAUAGGCCGCACACUCCCUAAUUUGAAGCUUCUAGGUUUGGCACAAAAUCAAUUUAGUGGGAGUAUUCCAAUUUCCCUAGCAAACGCUUCCUUACUUGAAGAGUUAGCGUUAUCGUUAAACUCUUUCACCGGCCUAAUGCCGAGGUGGUUCGGAAAGCUUUUACGGCUUACAUAUUUGUACGUCGGGGACACCUUGAUCGAAGAUGAUAUUAGUUCCAUUUCGUCGUUGACGAAUUGCACAAACCUACAAAUUCUUGAUCUAAGUGAGAUUGCGUUGAGUGGUGCAAUACCCGACAGCAUCAUCGGUAAUCUCUCCGUCCACCUUGAGUUUUUAGCGCUUGCUAGGACUCAAGUGCAUGGAAAGAUUCCACCGGGUAUCGGGAAUCUUGAUGGUCUAACUUACUUGAAUCUGAGGGAAAACUAUCUUGAAGGUCCUAUUCCUUUGAGCAUCGGGAGGCUUUUUAAUUUGCAAUUUCUCGACAUGACAGGUAACGAAUUGACUAGUGAUAUUCCAUCCACAUUCGGAAACUAACUUUGUUAACCGAACUUUACUUGCAAGGAAAUAACCUUUCUGGGGCUAUUCCCAAGAGUAUCGGUAAUUGCGCCAACUUGCUAGAAAUAUAUCUCUCCCGUAAUAGUCUUAGCGGCUUCAUACCUCGGGAGCUUAUGAAUCUUCCCUCAAUUUCCGUUUCCUUGGAUUUAUCUAACAAUGCGUUUACGGGUCCGAUUCCAGAUGAAGUUGGAUCAUUGCAAAACCUAGCAUUCUUAGAUUUCUCCAACAACAGAUUGUCUGGAGUUAUUCCAAACUCUUUAGGUAUGUGCAUUAGCUUGGAACAACUUCACUUGGAGGGAAAUUUAUUCGAAGGACAAAUAUCUCAAGGACUAAGUUCUUUGAUGGGAUUAAGAAAUUUGGAUCUUUCACGAAAUAAUUUGUCCGGGACAAUCCCAAGUUUUCUCGGUACGCUACGUCUCCAACAAUUGAAUCUAUCUUUCAAUAGGUUGCAAGGAGAAGUGCCAACAACCGGAGUGUUUAAAAAUAAGAGUGAAAUUUUCCUACAAGGAAACGGAAAAUUGUGCGGAGGAGUUCCCGAGUUAAACUUUCCUUCUUGUACCUCAAAGAAAAACUUAUCAACUCCACUAAAAAUCGCGAUACCAAUAGCAGGAGUUGCGUUAUUAGCUACGUGCGUCGUCGUUAUUCUUUACAAAAGAAAAACAUCCAAUAGAAGCCUCUCUUCUCCGCCAUCAUCCAUUGGCGGAAAAUUUCCGAGGCUUUCCUAUUCGGAUCUCUUAAAAUCGACAAGUGGAUUUUCCGAGAAUAAUUUGGUAGGUCGUGGGAGAUUCGGAUCGGUUUUCAAGGGUAUUCUUGACGAUGGCCUAAUAGUUGUAGCUGUGAAAGUGCUCAAUCUUGACAUAAAAGGGGCAUCUAAGAGCUUCACGGCGGAAUGCAACGCGCUGAGAGGCAUACGACACAGAAAUCUCGUGAAAAUGUUGAGUGUUUGCGAAAGCAUAGACUUCCAAGGAAACGAUUUCAAAGCGCUUGUUUACGAGUUUAAGGCGAAUGGAAGUUUAGAUAAAUGGUUGGACUACAACGGCGAUCAUAAAGCACAAGAAUCCGAUGCGCGACUUAGAAAUCUCGACGUGAUCGAGAGGCUCAAAAUUGCAAUUGAUGUUGCUCACGCGCUUGAAUAUCUCCAUUGUGGUACGGAUUCAACAAUUGUUCAUGGCGAUUUGAAGCCGAGUAACAUUCUUCUGGAUGAGGAUAUGACGGCUUGCGUUGGUGAUUUCGGUCUAGCCAAGAUUAUUUCAAGCAUACUUCCACAAAAUCAAAGCAGCAGCUCAAUUGGGAUCAAGGGUACCUUUGGUUAUGUUCCACCAGAAUAUGGCACAAGUAACUCGGUCUCGACAAAAGGGGACGUAUAUAGCUACGGUAUACUUGUCUUGGAGAUAUUCACGAAUAAAAGACCAACAGAUGAUUCGUUUAUGGAUCAUAUCAAUCUUCACAAUUUCGUUGAAGCUGCAUUGCCAGAUCGUGUAAUGGAAAUUGUGGAUCCUCACAUUCGUAUAGGGCCUCACCAAAACGAUAACAAUAAGUUCGAGGAUUGCAUGUGUUCUAUUUUUAGCAUUGGGUUGUCGUGUUCAAAGGAAUUGCCGAGGGAGCGGAAGUCCAUGGCAGAUGUUGUUAAUGAAUUGCAUAAGAUUCAAAAAGAAUUAUGUCCAAUUUGACGUUCCUUAACAAUGUGGCUAGCUAAGAACAGAGUUGUUGGAAGUCUCUUUUCUUGUGGUUUUUUUUAUGUAUUGUUUCAAUGAAAAAAUGUUUAUGAUUUGUUGUUA